AUGGAGCAAAACAAGGACCUUUCUUCUAAAGUAUUGGACGGAGUAUAUACUGGCAUUGUAAACCGUCUUUUUCUUCAACACGUCUAUUCAACACAAAGCAUAUUAAAGGAAGCCCUCAAGAAUUAUUUUAACAAAAAUCUUUCCGAAUUCAUGUUGGGCAUAAGUGAAAAUGAGUUUACCAAUAAGUUCCACGGUGGCUGGUCUUUUAUCAAAAAUGAAAAAUUAUCGUGGCUCAGCAUUGCAAAACGUCCGCUUGUCUAUUUGGAAG